GUUUCUUGUGACAAAUGCAAUAAAAGAAAAAAAAUGUAGAGAUCAAACACACGAGAUGCGAAUGUUAAAAAUUUAAAUGAAAAGACCUAGUGUAAACAUUUAGUAAAUCUAUGCAGUUUUACAAAGUAUCAGCGCAAUAGAAUAGGACCUGUAUCCAGGUCAGAGAGAUGGGCAGGCUACAUGGAAAUUGCAGAUAACUGAGAGGUACACUGCAGUAAAUGAUGCUUGACUACAGGAUUGUUACCACUUAGCCAGAUUAGGUAAAUAAACAGGGCAAACAUAAAAAAAUAAUUAAAAAACACUUCAAUUGAAGUUUUAAUAUACAGGUGAACAGUGUGUGAAUUAACUCUGAAAAAUAUGAUGAUGAGUAUUAUUAUUGUUAUUCAUAAAUAGUAAUAUACUGUGUUUGGGUUAAAACAUUUGUCAAGAAAUUUGAUUAGAAAGAUUAUUUAAGAAAUAUUGCUUUUAUUGCUUUGUCUGGGUAUAUAUGAGUAAAUUUGUGAAACCAACACUGGUUGUUUAUCUUUGCACUGCGGUAACCUGAGAGGGUUUGGCGGAAUUUAAAAGAGCUUUCUUUUUAAUUAAAUUGAAUGGUGUAGUACCACUCCCGUGCAGCAGAUGACACUGCACAAAAACAGUAACGUGAAGAACAAGCUACAGCUACGUGGUUGUUUGCUGUCAUUUAUGUUAAACCACUUUUUUUAAAAAGGGAUUACGGGAUUGUCUUUAAUUUCGUUUUGUUUUAUUUUAUUUUGAGGUGUUGCUGUUAUCGUCUCUCAGAAGCUGUUAGUAGACUGCUUUUCUUCAAAACAAAGCUUCCAAAUACCGUAGCGUAUGCUAAACGUAGAGGUAUGAACUCUUUGGUUGGUUACGGAGUUUCCUCAGAUUCUGACAGCGACGAAGGUGGAAACGCUGAUGGAGAUGGAUCCAUCAAGGAGGUACGUAGUGAAGCGGUAGCUGCUAAGAAGACUCGCAAUUUCUUACUGGAGUCUGGUUCCACUUCCAGUGACUCGGAUAAUGAGUCCGAACUAGAGGGAAAGAACCCAGAGCCAGCUGCAUCCUCAGUGCACCCCUGGUCUCUGCCAAGAUCAGCGUCUACAGGUUGUGAGCCGAGCCUCCCAUCUCCUAUCCUGGACUCCCUCGGUCUUAACAAACUGCCUCCUCCUCCUCUGAGUGCUUGUUCUACAAGCAGCGUAUUUUUAAAUCCAUUCAAGGCUCAGGCAAUGCAGAAACUCAGCGCAUUACAGAAACAUGUCCCUCUUACAACCCAGGCCAAACCUUCCCAGAUAGGAGGAAAAAGGAUGUGUGUGUCCUACAGGAAAGAUGGAAGGUGCAGGUUUGGCAUAAAAUGCAAGUUUGCUCAUGACAGUGACAUACAGACCCCAGUCGUUUCCUCUCCUGGUAAUCAUCAUCUCCCUCAGCGUGUAAAUGAUGAAGAAUCCUGUGAUGGUGGCUCCAAUGGUGCCGAGUCUCAGAAGCUUAAAGAGGAGGAGAAUUCAGGUGGUCAGCAGAUGAAGAAGAGGAAAGUCGGACUGAGCAACACUUUGAUUCCACCCAAACGUGCUAUGAAGCAGUACGCCAUGUUGAGAGACAGAUACCGAGCCAAUAUGCCCUAGAGAAAGUUCUGGGCUCUAAAUUUGCAAUCUUAAAAAUGCACAACUAUGUAGUGCAUAGUUAUCAGUAGGCAAUAACUGUACUGUAUGUAAAUGUUUGCCACUUUGUUAUACACAUGUUUUUUAUAGUUCCAUUGCAGAUUUCCAGUUCUGGAUACACACAGUCUAGGGGGAGAGGGGUUGUUUAUUUCAACUGCUGUUACUUUAAUUCAAGACUGUUCUAAGUUAAGAAUAGAAUAGUCUUUGUCAUAACAACACAUAUCUAGCAUUCUGUAAUCUUGAGCCACAUUUUGUUCCAAUUCCUCACAAGAAUAUACUGCAUCUCUCCAGUAAAGUUAAAACACAUUUGUUUCUAUGUGUCUUCCUGCUUGUUAUCAUUUUUUAAAGCCUAAACUAUUUCCUCGCAAGACCUGUCAAGAAAAACAAAAGGUGAAAUCUUUGUGUUUUUUAUGCAGGUUUCAUUUUCUGGACAUAACAUCUUUGGGGUGAUUCAAAGAUUUAUUCCAUGUGUAAAGUAGAAUAACAUAGAUAUGCCAGAAUAGUUAGAAUUGCUGUUUUCAGAUACUGGGGACUGAAUCACUUACCUUCCACCAAUCCACCUGCUUCCAGUGUGAGGGAAUUAAAUAAUCCCAAAUAAUGUUGUCGAACUGUCAAUAAAAAGACUUUAAAGUGUUAA